GGAAUUGGGGGGAGGGCCCGUGACCCCCAGGGUCACCUCUUGAGCAGGGAGCUCUGUCCCCAUCAGCUGCCGGGUCUCUGCUGGAGGCUCCCAGGCAUCGCCCCGUCUUUUGGUGCUAGUGCCCCACAGCCUGCCCCUGCCGUGAGGAUGGGGUUGCACUGGAGACGGCUCCUGCCCUUGCUGCUGGGGCUGCUGCUGGGCCCCUGGGGCACAGGCUCCUCCCCAGCUGAGCCCUGCCGGACCUGCCGGGACCUUGCCAGCAGCUUUCUCAAGGGCCUGGAGCGGACAGAGCGGGAGAAUUUCGGGGGAGGGAACACGGCCUGGGAGGAGGAGAAGCUGGCGAAAUAUGCGCACAGUGAGACACGCCUGCUGGAGGUGCUGGAGAGCGUGUGUGGCAAGUCGGACUUCGCGUGUCACCAGCUGCUGGAGCAGAGUGAGGACCAUGUGGAGAGCUGGUGGUUCCAGGGACAGCAGCAGCACCUCGACUUCUUCCAGUGGCUCUGCAUGGACACUCUGAAGGUCUGCUGCCCACCUGGCACCUAUGGCUCUGACUGCCUGCCAUGUGCUGGUGGGCACCAGCAGCCGUGCAGCGGGAACGGUAAAUGUGACGGCGAGGGGACGCGCACGGGCACUGGCCUAUGCAUGUGCAGCCCGGGCUACGGCGGCUCCUACUGCUCUGAGUGCGCAGACGGCUACUACGAGGCAGCCAGGAACGAGAGCCACCUGAUAUGUGCUGAGUGCUACCGGGCAUGCGGGCGCUGCUCGGGGCCAGAGGACUCCAGCUGUCUGCGCUGCAAGAGGGGCUGGGCGCUGCACGAGCACAGGUGCAUUGACAUUGAUGAAUGCGGCACGGAGAUGGCACAUUGUCGGGCCAACCAGUUCUGCGUCAACACCGAAGGCUCCUAUGAGUGUCGAGACUGUGCCAAGGCCUGUGUCGGCUGCAUGGGCGCCGGGCCUGCCCGCUGCAAAAGGUGCAACAAAGGCUACCAGCGGGAUGGAGCAAAGUGCCUGGACGUGGACGAGUGUGCCAGCGCGCAGGAACCCGUCUGCACCGGGGCCCACGAGGUGUGUGAGAACACGGACGGCAGCUACCGGUGCGUGUGUGCAGAGGGCCACGUGCGCAGGGACGGCGAGUGUGUGGAGGACAAACCCCCAGACGCCCCGGCAAAGGGCUUUUUCGACGAGGUGACAGAGGACGAGGUGGUGGUGCUGCAGCAGAUGUUCUUCGGCGUGGUGAUCUGUGCGCUGGCCACGCUGGCUGCCAAGGGCGACAUGGUCUUCACCGCCAUCUUCAUUGGCGCGGUGGCAGCCAUGGCUGGCUACUGGCUCUCGGAGCGCAGCGACCGCGUGCUCGACGGGUUCCUGAAGGGCAGAUAGCUCCGGGCGGGAGGCUCCUCCCUGCCCCGAUACAGGGCCUGGGUGGGCGAGGCCCGUAGCACCGGCUUGGGGACUGUCCCUGUAAUGUGGAGCAGGGGGCCCCAGGACUGAGGGUGGGGUGGGAAGCUGGUGGGGGGCCCCUGGCUCUGGGGGGUCCCAGGGGGUGGGGUGGUGCAGGGCAGGAUCUGGCACCCCCUGGCCAGGCCUGUCCAGAGUUCUCAGAGUUGCUUUCCCCUGGAGAUGUUUUGUCCAUGUGGAUCGCACUUGCUGUUUAGGCGCUUCGUGCCGUGUCACUGGGGCUGUGCCCUGCAUGUGCCCCCCCUCCAGCGCAUGGGGCUGCAGGGCAGGUGGUGGGUCCCGCUGGGAGUUGCCAGGCCGGAGGAGACCUAGCGCUGCAGAGUGGAGCGCUCCAAAGAUGGCAUCUGCCCAGUCGGGGGCCUUGUGUCUGGCACAGCAACGGGCAGCAUGCCAGGCCCCCCCGGCAGAGAACAGCCUGCCUGCUGGGAGAAAGGGGGCUGCUGGUACCCCCUGGCGCCACACCGGAAGCCUUUGGCAGGGGUGGCCGGGGCUGUGUCCCGUGCGACAGGCAGGGACUCGUCAGCCGGGUUUGGUCCCGUUGCCUCUCUCGCUGUCUGGGGCUGGAGCUGUUUCUCCUGGGCUUAAGAACAUAAGAAUGGCUGGACUGGGUCAGACCAAAGGUCCAUCCAGCCAGGCUUGAAUGAUCUUUAGGAAAGACACCAGGGAGGGUGGCUGGCCAAUUGACGUGGAGUCUGCCCCCAUCUCCACAUGUGGUGCAGGAUGGGCCUGCCAGAGAGCUGGGAGCUGGCGGACGCUGGCUCGCCCUUGGCCAGCGGGGGCGAUGUGCAGAGAGGACAGAUCCGUCAGCCCCAGAGACCUGCCUUGGGAUCCCCACUGAGUGAGUGUGGGGGUAGCAUGCUGAGCCACCUCGGCAAGCUGCAGCCUCCAGAGGGGAGCAGCUGUGCAGAGCUCCCCAUGCAGGCUCCCAGCAGAGCUCAGCCAGCCCUCGGGUGCAGCCUGGGGCUCUGGGUGGAGAACAGGGCCGUGGGUCUUGGGAGAGUGGGAGGGGAACUGGUGGAUGGGUGGAGAGUUGCAGUCAGGCUGAGUGUUCCUGGGCUGCAGCCUGCCUCAUCUCCUCGUGUCUGCGGGAUGGGGGAAGCAGUGAGAAAAGGGCCUGGUGGGAUCCCCGGCUGGGGCCCGCUCUGGAGCGCCACAGGGGUGUUUUAUGUCUGUUGGUGGCAAACAGGACGGUCCUAGGAGAGCCCCAUCUGCAGAAUGGGUUUGGGACCAGAGUCCUCCGGGGACCUCUCAGGCUGACCAUGUGCUGGCUGCCGAGAGCGUGUGGGGCUGAUGGUUGGUCAGUGGAGAGUGGCUGGGUUCUCCCGGGAUCCGACACUGCUGCUGGCUGAGAGGAGGGGCAGGCGUCUCCUAGGUGUUGACGUGGUGGUGGAUGGCUUGGAGUGCCAGCACAGUGUGGAGCGGCAGCAUUUGUGCCCGGCGGGCUUGGGGAGCUUGCUGUGAGGCUGCGGAAAGCUCUGCUCAGGGCUGCACCGGGGCACAGCUGCAAGGUCAGGGUCCAUGAGAUCUUUGGGGGCUGGGACACGGAUCUGAGCGGCCAGGAGCGGGUCCCAGGGGAAGUCUGGCAGGAGGUGCAGCAUAUGCCCAGGAUGGCUUGUGGCCCAGUCGUUUGAGGCAGGUCCUUGGUGUGGUUUGGGAUUUGCACUGCAGGUGGUGGUGGGGUGGGUGUCUCCCCAGGGAGGUAGGCACCUGCUCAGCCCUAUGAGCUCUGCACUGGCCUCUGCAGCCCUGGAGGGGGGCAGCUGGCAGCGGAGGCCAGACAAAUUCAAAUUGGAAGUUGGGUGCGUGACUGACCCCAGGAAGGGGCGGGACGGACGCUGGCCAGCUCUGGACGCUGCCGGGCCCAGCACAGGGGUAGCUGGGCAGGACGGACUGGCCUGUGCUGGGCAGGAGUCAGGACGUGAGCAAAUGGCCCCUUCUGGCCUUGAACCCUGAGUCUCUGGAGGGCUCCUGACUUCUCUUGGCUGAGCCAGUCGAUGCAGGUGGUUGGGAGCAGGCCCUGUUGCCUCAGGGCAGGGGAGGCUUUGGCUCGUGCUGGCGGAGCUGCGCUGAGAACUGGGUCCCAGGGGGAAUGGCGAGAGCUGCAAACCAACCCUGAGCGUCUCCAGUGAGGACAGUGGAGGCAGUGCUGAGCUUUGCUGGCUUGGCUCCAGAAUAGGACUCAGCCCCCCAAAGUCUCCAGGUACUUUACUGGAGGAAGGGGGAUCUGGAGGCUGCUGCUUGUCUGUCAUGAGAAAGUCCCUGAAAGGGGCGGGGGUGUUUGGGGCAGAGACUGAACGUGUCUGGAGAGCCUGUUGGAAAGGAACUCUAGCAGGCAGCUGGCUGGUUCCGGCCCAAGCCUGGGAGAUGUAGGUGAGCUGGCACAGAGGGCAGGGCAGGGGCCGGAGCUUGCAUUCAAUUAGCAGGGGGCCCUUGCCCACUGUGUCAGAGCUGCUUCCUGGCUGGAGGCUGGAAAACAGCCUGCCUUCUGCGCGGACAGUGGGGUGCUGAGGGGCAGAUGUUCCCAGCUCUGGCUGCUGUUGUCCCUAGUUCUGUUGGUCCUAGAGCCCUCCCAGGCAUGAAGGGGACUGACUGGAGUGCGAACCCCUGCAUGAGACGAUGGAGCUGCCAGGGGUCACGCCAGACUCCACAGACUGAAAUCAGCUUGGCCUUGUGGGACUGUGAUCCAGCCCAGGUGAAGCGCUGCUGUCUGGUGCAUUGUGCCUGGGCACUGCCCGCUGGCAGGGGUUUGACGCACGCUGGGGAACUGGGACGUGUCUGCAUGUAGCUGGUGGAGAUGAGGGUGCCGGACUCUGCCCUGGGUUGCUGGCUCCCAGAAGUUCUGCUGCCGGGCACUGCCAGCCCCCUGGGCAAAGGGUGAAUAUCGAGCAGCUGCUGAGCCUCCCCUUGCACUGCUGUGAUCUCAGUCUCCAGUGUUUGCUGUUCUGCUCAAGUGCCCUUGGCGCCUGCUUCAUGGGGGGACGAUGAAGGGUCCUUACACGGAGGAAGAGCCGGGUUGUGAAACUCCUCCCCAGGGACGUCCUCUACUGCAUGCCAGCUCUGGGGGCAGUGCGGGGUGUCCACAGGUGGGACACAGCUGGGGAGCGAGGUCCUGCUCACCUUUGGGCUGAACGGGAAGGAGACGCCCCCCGCACUGCGCCACAGGGACCACAUGGCUGAAUUGGCUGAAGAGAAGCUCCUGCCCCAGGAUCUACCCAGCUGCCCCCUUUGGCAUGAGCCUCAGUCUGGGGACCCGUCACUCUGGUGGUGGAGCACCUCGCCCCGGGCCCCCAUGGCAGAGGGGACGCAGGCCCAGGCAGAUGAAGUGACUGGGAACUGAGCCUUGGUGGUCUCUAUCCCUGCCCUCGGGGGGAGAACAGGGGCAGGGUCCCUGCUGAAGGAUGGGAGCCUGGGCAGGGCUGGAGCUGAGUGCCCAGCGAGGCUGGGUGCUGGCACCGGGCUAGCUGAGAACAGCAGCACUGGACCUGCUCAGCACAAGGCCCCUGACUCGGGCCUCUGAUCUCUUGGGGGGCAGCAGAGCGGUGGCAGGUGCCCGCGAGGCAGGACCACAGGGGGCCACUCCUGGGCUCUGGGAAGGGAGGCACCUGCCCCUGCUGGUGUGAAGGGGCUUUUAAAGAGUGCUCUGUCCUGCCCCCGCAUCUGUGGCCUCAUGGCUGCCAGCCAAUGGCAGAGAGAAGCAGGGCCAGUCCUGGUGGAGUGCCAGGUGGGGGGCCCCAAGGCUAGAAAAGCAGGUUUAAUACUGGCCGUGGGGCCUGAUCCACAGACACCACCCCCCCCCCCAGGUCCUGCGGGAGCUGGCUGCAGCCCCACUCCAAAGCCCACGGAGGCAUCCUAGCCCACGCUGACUGCUCCCGGAGCAACAGCUUGAGAUGGGUACCCUGACCAGCGAGGCCUGGCUCAGCCCCUCACUCCAGCACUGCUCAGGGCCCCGGGCAUGCCUGCACCCUCUCCACCAACCAGCGCCGCAGGGGCAAAGGGGGUUAGUUUGAAUAUGCCCCCCCGGCUGCCUAGAUCCGUUAGCACUAGGGCUGGCAAGAGAUUAAAAAACUGGUAUCUACAGUGUGAUUAUUUGUUUUCUACAUUUUCAAAUAUGUCAAUUUCAAUUAUAGUACAGAAUACAAAAUGUACAGUGCUCACUUUGAUUAUGAAUAUUGACACUGUAAAAAGACAAAAGAAAUAGUAUUUUUCAG